UAUAACAUCAAAAAUUCUUUCCAACUCAAAGAAAAAUUAAUUAAUGUGGUUUUAGACGAUGAUGACGUCAUGGUUUCUUUUGAUGUAGUUUCGUUGUUUACCAACAUACCCACUUAUUUAGCCAUUAAAAACAUCAUGAAACAAUGGGAUGUAAUAAAAAAUCACACAAAAAUACCUAAACCAAAGUUUCUAAAGCUUUUGGACUUUUGUCUAAGAGACAAUAAUUAUUUCCAAUUUGGCGAAAAAUUUUAUUCACAAACAUUCGGUAUGCCUAUGGGAAACCCCCUUUCCCCAACAAUUGCAGACGUUAUUUUGGAUAAUCUUUUAGACGAUACUAUAGAACAACUGAACAGCAUCGGUAUAAACAUUAAAUUUAUAGCAAAAUAUGUGGAUGAUAUCUUUGCUAUCAUUAAAGUCAAAGAAAAAGACAUAAUCCUUAAUAAACUCAAUUUAUAUCACAACAAAAUCCAGUUUACAAUUGAAAACGAACACAACAAUAGUCUCCCAUAUCUAGAUUUAAUACUACACAGAGAAAACAACAAAAUUUUAUACAAUUGGUAUGCAAAACCAACUACAUCUGGACGUAUGAUCAAUUUUAAUUCAACCCAACCAAUAAAACAAAAAAUUAACACAGCAUUUAAUUUCAUAAACAAAGUUUUAGAUCUUAGCGACAAAAAAUAUGAAACAGAAAAUAUAAGAAAAAUAAAAACAAUAUUAAAAAACAACAACUACCCAUUCUACGUAAUAAACAACUUGUUUAAAAAAAGAACAGAAAAAUUAAAAACAAAAACUAAUAAAAACAACAACAAUCACGCAAAAACCACAGCUGAUAAUAAAGAAGAAAAAAAGUUCUUCUCAAUACCAUAUGUUCCAAACCUAACUAAUAAUAGAAAUUUACAUAAAAUAAUAAAUAAAGAGAAUAUAUCAUUCUCCCAUAAAUCAAACUUAACACUUAAAUCCAUUUUCACGAACACAAAAUCUAAAAUACAAAAACAACAACAACACAACGUGGUUUAUGAAAUUGAAUGCAAUGGAAAAGAGAAUGAACAAUGUGAUCUAGUAUACAUAGGUCAAACAAAGAGAAAUUUGGGUAUUAGAUUAACUGAACACGAAGCAGAUAUAAGGAAAAACAAAGAGACUACAGGGCUUGCACAGCAUAUAACAGAAACUGGACACUCGGUGAACUUCGAGGGAGUAAAAAUAUUGGAUAAAGAGAAAAAACUUAAUACUAGACUAACACUAGAGAGUUUACGUAUUCAACAAAAAAUAAAGAGAACUAUGAACACAAAAGAAGACACCGAUAACAUCAAACAAAGCUAUGCUGUAGCACUUUAACAUCAAGUACCUUAAAAUUAAGCUGUGAUAUAAAUGUCUUUAUCGUAUAGUUUAAUAAUUUAUUUUUUUGCUUGUUUUAUUUUAUAUUGUAAUUGUUAUUUAUUUUAAAUUUGUGUCAGUGCUGUCGGGAGGAUGCAAUAUGGAGUUUUAACAAUUAUAAUGUGAUUGCAUACAAGUAUUGAAUAAAGAACAAAAAAAUCCCCUGAAGAAGUAAGGAAUUCUUACGAAACGUUGGGUAAAAGAAUGGAAUAGUUUUUAAUUUAUUUAUUCGCAUUCCAAAAAACAAAAAGACCAAAAGAGCCUAAUAAAACACAAUAAAUAAGUAUUA